CAACAGAAGGUGUGCGCACAUGAGCAAACAUUUGUCAUUUUAACUCAGUGACCGGAAAAAAAACAACUGAAAAAGUUAAGCUAUAGAAGAAAGAAAGAAGAUCGAGAUGUCUACUUCUUCUACUCCCGGGCGGGAGAACACGAAGAACUCCAGGAAGUUUUCAGGAGUGGCACGUGGAAAGAGACCACCGGAUUUGGAGCUCUCGGAAACCGCAUUCAAUGGGCAUGAAUCAGGAACAGCUGCGGGGAGCAACGACACAAUACAAGGAGAAGGCAGCUCCCGUGUUGAAGCUCCCCCUGGUCACCUGGACCCCUACCUGUCUCAUCCCCGGAUGUCUGUGCGGAUGUCGGUGUACAGCACCGGGGUUCGCCCAGCUGUUACCCGCGCCUACGUCCAGGGACGAGUGUACAACUUUCUGGAAAGGCCGACUGGCUGGAAGUGCUUCAUGUAUCACUUCACAGUGUUCCUCAUAGUUCUGGCCUGUCUGAUCCUCAGUGUCCUCUCUACCAUCGACCAAUUCCAAGCUCUGGCUUACACAACUCUCUUCUGGAUGGAGAUCGUCCUUGUGGUGUUCUUCGGUGUGGAAUAUUUCGUCCGCGUUUGGUCCGCAGGCUGCCGCAGUAAAUAUGUUGGCAUCUGGGGCCGACUACGCUUUGCCAGGAAGCCAAUAUCUAUUAUAGAUCUGAUAGUGGUUGUUGCUUCAAUAGUUGUGUUGUCAGUGGGCUCGAAAGGCCAGGUUUUCGCCACCUCUGCUGUAAGAGGGAUUCGCUUCCUGCAGAUCCUGCGAAUGCUGCAUGUUGACAGGCAGGGAGGAACCUGGCGUCUCCUGGGCUCAGUUGUCUUCAUCCAUCGGCAGGAGCUGAUCACCACUCUGUACAUUGGGUUUCUGAGCCUGAUCUUCUCCUCGUACUUUGUCUACCUGGCAGAAAAGGAUGCAGCUGAUAGCACAGGUUCCACUGGUUUUGGAAACUAUGCAGAUGCGUUGUGGUGGGGAGUGGUGACUGUGACUACAAUUGGCUACGGAGACAAAGUGCCUCAAACCUGGAUUGGAAAGACCAUUGCCUCCUGCUUCUCUGUGUUUGCCAUAUCUUUUUUUGCUCUGCCUGCAGGAAUUUUAGGUUCUGGCUUUGCCCUGAAGGUGCAGCAAAAGCAAAGACAGAAACACUUCAACAGGCAGAUUCCUGCAGCUGCCUGUCUCAUACAGACAUCGUGGAGAUGUUUUGCUGUGGAUAACUUUGAUUCUGCUACAUUCAAGCUGUUUUUGAGAAAGAAAUCCAACAUUCCUGCCUCCUCUCUUUCCAGCCCCAAGCAAAAAAAAUCGGUGAAGAUGAGGAGGAAGCUGAAGAGUACUGACAAGGACAAUGGUCCAUCUUCUCCCACUGUCCCCAGCAUCACCUGUGACUCUGUCUUUGACAGCGGAAGGGAGCUAAGUUCAGAUGUUUACAGCACUGUUGGCACAGGAAGCCAGCCACUUGGAGGACGUGACUGCCAGCAGUCAUGGACAUCUUUGUCAUCUCUGCAGUUCAGCUCAUCACCCCCAGUAAAAAGAGGUCCCAGUCUUAUGGCCAUUCCACUCCCAAGAAACUGCAGCUUUGCUGACGACCUAGAGCUGGAGUUUGAGCGAGAAAGUGAUUUGGCUCCAGCCAGCACAGUAUCACAAUUGACGGAAUCACACCGAAAAGCCAUUCGUGUCAUACAGAAAAUGCGUUAUUUUGUGGCUAAGAGAAAUUUUCAGCAAGCCCGUAAGCCAUAUGAUGUGCGAGAUGUGAUUGAACAGUACUCUCAGGGUCACCUCAACCUCAUGGUGCGGAUCAAGGAGCUUCAGAGAAGACUAGAUCAGUCUUUGGGGAAAAUGACUUUGUUCCAGACGGGUUCAGAUCGCACCAGAGAUAAAGGAAACAACUCCAUUGGAUCAAGGCUCAACAGGAUGGAGGACAAGAUAACACACAUGGAUCAAACGCUGAAUCACAUCGCAGAGUCCCUUGCCUUCCUGCUGGACCAGAGGGAUGUCGGUGGUGGUGAAGUCAGAGGCCGGCUGAGACCUCGGCUCAGACGAACCUGUAAUGUCCUCCACAGCCAGGACAGCCUGCCGACUAAUGACCAGCUGUCUUCCUCCCCUUCAUCCUUCUCUUCCAACAACACCAACACCGUGCUGUGCCCCAACCCUCCACUCAGCUCCACUGCCAGUCAGGAUGAGAGCUGCUGAAACUUGAAACCAGACAUCCUGAAUGCACUUCACAAUGUUUGCUCAUCUGUUUAUGAUGGGUAAAGACGCACUGGACAUAUUCCCCUGUCUGUGACGAGCAUAUGUAGCUACAGCUGUUUGCUGAAAUACUGACAUGAUGACAUUUUGGCAAAACUCUUACCAGGACAUGUGGCAAUGCCUUUCAAAUUAUGUCUGUUGGGCAACUUCCAUAUAAGCUCUAACUUUGAUCUAUUUAAAAGUAUUAAGAUUUAAAAUGAA